AUGCAAAACUGGAUCGUAAAUAAGGGGUUAUCGUAUCUGCCUACAAUGGUAAAAGCUCAACUUUAUAAAAUUAUUAAAGAACAUAAAGAAGCUCCAAUAUAUGAAGCCGAUCAAAUGCUUCAAGCUCAUGGCCACAAAGUGGCUAGAUUACCGCCGUAUCACUGCGAGUUAAACGCAAUUGAAUUUAUGUGCAGUCUUGUCAAAAGGCGAGUAGCAAAUAAAAACGUAGGACAAGAAACAAACAAUAUAGUUAAUUUAGCUGAAGAAGCUUUUCAAAGUAUCACUGCAGAAGACUGGCAAAAACAAUGCGAACAUGUGCGCCACAUUGAAGACAAGCUUCGUGAAAGAGAUGUGUGUAUGGACGCUGAAAUGGACAGGUUCAUAAUAGAAUUAAAUAAUGAGUCUGAUACAGAAUCUGACAGCAGUUCCGAAGAUUCAUCUGAUAGUGAUUAUUCAUCAUUGGCAAUCCACAUGGAUCAUGCUUAUUCAAAA